GUGGAUUCCCCUGAGUGAUACAUUUGUUAUAGGAAGAUGGUGGCCACUGUGAGUGGGGUAGAGUUUGCUAAAGAUCUGAUGCACAAGAUCUGAUGUCUCCCAACCAGAUCCUACAAGGAGCCCAGACUAGCUACAUCCAUGUGCAUGGCCUGGAAGGAGCUCCUCCGAGUGUCACCGCCAAGCUGGCAUUUCUAAAGUGUUGACAUCUCCAGUUGUUGCCACCAUGCUGCCGUUGUUCCUUUUGGGAACAUUAGUCCUCUUGGUGUCGCCAAGUUUUUCCCAGUAUGAACAGUACAGUUUCCGAGGUUUUCCCCGUUCGGAGAUCAAACCUCUAAAGCCCACCUAUACCAAAGCCAUGGAGCUGUAUGAGGCGCAGUCUUGGAAAGAGGCUAGUCGUAUGCUGGAGGUCAGCCUGAGGCUCCACAGGCUUCUCCAGGACAGCGAAGCCUUCUGUGGACAGAACUGUGUUGAGGAAUCCCAAAUCCCUGGCCUGGAGGAAAUUCAGGGCGAAGAAGAACAAGGAGACUGGAAGCUGGAGCUGCAGAUGUUUGGAAGGGUCCUGUCCCGGGCUGUGUGUCUGAGGAAGUGUAAAGCCACCCUGCCCGUGUUCCAGCAGCCAUACCCGGACAAGGACACCCUAAAAGCUUUUCAGAGACGUGACCCCUACCAGUACCUGCACUAUACCUACUUCAAGAUUAAUGAAUUGGAAAAAGCAGUGUCCGCUGCCCACACCUUCUUACAGAAGAAUCCCACCCAUGAAAUGACGCUGAGAUACAUGAAUUACUACAAGACCCUACUAGAGGUUGAUGAGUUUCUCAUAGAUCUGGAGGCUCAGCCAUAUGAGGGAGUGUUUGUCAAAGCGGUAAAGUCCUACAAUGCUGGAGACUUCCGACGCAGUAUUGAGGACAUGGAGCAGGCCUUGCCCUUAUACUACAAGGCAUACGACACCUGUCUGACUGACUGUGAGGGGGUCUAUGAGAUGAGGGAGUUCAAAGACUUCUACCCGGCUGUUGCAGAUCAUCUUGCUGAUGUCCUGGAGUGUAAGGUGGAGUGCGAAUCUAACCUGACCCCAAAUGUCGGGGGCUAUUUUGUUCAUAAAUUUGUGGCGACCAUGUAUCACUAUCUGCAAUUUGCAUAUUAUAAGCUGAAUGAUGUAAAGAACGCAGUGCAGUGUGUCUCCAGCUAUAUGCUCUUUGACCCUACGGAUAACGUGAUGCAGCAAAACCUGGCGUACUACAAGUUUUACAAGGAAAAGUGGGACCUUGAAGAUACAGAUUUCAACCCUCGAGAGGAAGCUCUGCGAUAUCACAACCAGACUACCCGGCACAAGGAGCUGUUACAGUUCUCUAAAGAUUUCCUCCAUCGAGAUGACGAUGAGAUUGAAAUUGAAAGAAUGCAAGACACAGAUCCGCCCCCAUCAGAUGCAGAAUUUGAAGGAGUAGGGGAUUAUGAAGAAGGGAUUUAUUCCGAAUGGUGGACGCAACCCAAGUCUAAAGGAGACGUGGCAGAGAAAUCAGAAGGGCUGUAGGUGAAGAUCACAGAGAAUCAUGAGAGGAGCAAUAUGAGGUUACAUAAAACAUGGAUUCUACUUUUUCAGAAACAGCGCCACUGUUGUCCAUAGUCUGUGUCUGGUAUUGCAGUACAACCCUUCUCAAUUGAAUGAUGCUGAACUGCAAUACCAGUUACAGCCUAGGCCCAAGGGUGGUGCUAUUUCUGGAAGGGAGCGGCCAUAUCUUUAUAACUCAUAUGACAGACCACACCCUACAAAAAUUGGGACUGUGUCCAGAUAUGGGAAGAUUCCAUACCUGUCAUUGUUGUGUGAGUCAGACUAAUCUGAAGACAACAUUAUACUCAUUGGACCCCGAGACCCUGAGGCUUAUGCCGAAUUUUCUUUGUGCAAUGCAAGAGAUGGACACACCCAACAGUAUUGUGUGAAAAUAAAAUGUCCUCAAUUAUUAUAAGAGGAAUAAUAUGAUAAUGGAUAUGGAAAAAUAACAAACCAAUUGGAAUGUGAGUGUUUUUUUGUUUAGUUUUUUUGCUAUAUUCAUGCAGCGGGACAGAUGGAGCUCAAUGGAUGCCCCCUUUACCCUUGUUUACGUUUACGUUUUUUGAAUUAAAGGGGUUCUCCAGUUCUAUAUCAUAUAAUGAAAUUGUCUUCAACUUAAAGGGGUAUUCCAGGAUUAUUUUUCUUCAGCCUUUGAGCCCAUGAUGCCAAGUUAUAAUACUGUGUAAUACACUUCUAUUACUUCGGUGCGCCCCUUAGUCUCAUUUUCAUGCACAGGAUCCACACCCAGAAUUGCAAGUCUUUUUAUUUUACAAUUGUCUCUGACAUUUCCCAGCAUCCCAUGCGGUCAGAGACAAUAUGUCAUAUGUCACAUGGUCUCCAGAAGGGCGUGGCUAUGGAUAGAUGUGUGGUGAGCCACAGGUUGUAAAGGUGAGGUGUAUGGGGAAGAUGUUAUAGCCCAGGGGCAGAUGGUAUUAACCUAAGUGUUCGUGACGCCAGGACGUGGUUUUCCUGAUAAUCACCCAAACAAGAGUACCGCUAGUCCUUGUUAGGCAGGGCAAAUAAGAGUCCUAGGCCAGGUUAGGGUUAACGAUAGCUUUACUGAGGUAGACAGAUGGUAACAGUCUUUACAGCUAGGCCAGGAUCCCAGAGAGGUGACCAGUAACACAGAAGGACUUGAUAGACUUUAGGACAGCCACGCUGACUAUAAUAGACUUGACUUGACUGAAGAUAGUGACAGCAGACAGAGAUGACUUAACUUACUGACUUGUGGCUGUAAUUUAGGCUUGAGGCCUCCAGAUGUGCUGGACACUGGCUCUGAGACGUCUGCACUGAACUUGACCUCAGGAUCUAAAGGGGGGCUUACAAGGAGCCCAUAGGUCAAGCUGCAGGUCACCAGGUUAGCUGGUGCUCUCUGGGUAACAAACAUGUAAAUUGAACAUGUGACCACAUUAUCAUGUGACUUACUCAAAGGAAAGGUCCUCUAUACAUAACACAUAUAACACUAUGGGGAGGACGCUGCAGGAGAACCCCUAUGACACAGAGGGACUCAACCUGACGGGGCCUAAGUACUGUACGGGACUAUAUCCUGUACUGGGACAUCACAAGUGGAUAACAUUACUUCAGUAAAUACCUUCCACCAACCCACUGCAGCAUAGCCACGCCUCCUGGAGACCAUGUGACUUAUAACAUAUUGGCCCUCAUUUACUAUUGCAAACCCGCCAUGUUUUGUUGGGUUGUGCGCCAGAUUCUGUUGCAUUGCGCCCGAAAUUCUGUCUGCCCCAGACUGUGCGUCAGAAUUGGAAAAAACCCCGAAUAACUCUCCAUUUUUCUAAGAAAAUCCGAAAAAGGGGCGUGUUCCCGACAUUUUCACAAAAACCCAACAUAUUUACUAAGGUUUCCACAUAAAAUGUGGUGGAUUUGAGCUGAAGAAAACCCAACAGAUCAGAACAUGUGUAAAAAAAAAGCCAAGUGUAGGGAAAGUGGAAAAUGUAGGGAAACCUUAGUAAAUACCGUGGAAAAUAAAUUGUAGGGAAUUAAAACCCACAAAGAAACCUACACAACACUCUUAGUAAAUGAGGGCCAUUGUCUUUGGCUGCAUGGAAUGCUGGGAAAGGUCAGAAACAACGGAGCACCACAGCACUUCCGGGUGUGGGUCCUCUGUAUGGAAAUGUGACAAAGCAGGACACGGGGGAAAUCGAAGAAUACUAUAAAGUAUUAUUAUAACUGCGCAUCAUGGGCUCAAAGGCUGAAAAAAAUAUAUCCUUUUCUUAUGAUUCCGUAAAAUUUAAAGAUCUCUGCUUGA